UUGUUUGUUGGAAAAUAUAAAAGGGAAAGAAAGAAAGAGCGAAAGAAACUGAAAGAGAAAAGAGUGAAGAGUCAUAGCAGCAACAACGAGAGUCAAGAAACCUGUGAUGUGGUUCCGAUCACAUGGCUUCUUCUUCUUCUCCUCCUCAAUCUUCUUCUCCUUCUCCUUCUCCUUCCUAUAUCACUCACCUUCCCAUUCCUCCAUCUUCUCCUUCUAACUCCAGUGAAAAGAUUCUAGAAGGAGACGAACCUCGCGUUCCAAUUCAUGUUGUGACGAAAGCGUCUCAACUUCCUGUUGAGUUUUUGGAACCUUCUCCUCAAUCCAAGAUCGUCAUUGGUUUUGACUGUGAGGCUGUUGACUUGUGUCGCUAUGGAACUCUUUGCAUAAUGCAGCUUGCAUUUCCUGAUGCUAUAUACCUGGUUGAUGUAAUUGAAGGGGGGGAUGUGCUUAUGAAAGCAUGUAAGCACGCACUUGAGUCUGAUUAUGUCACAAAAGUGAUUCAUGAUUGCAAACGCGACAGUGAGGCAUUGUACUUUCAGUUCGGCAUCAAGUUAAACAAUGUGGUGGAUACCCAGAUUGCUUAUGCGCUUAUAGAAGAGCAAGAAGGACAAAAGAGAUUGCCAGAUGACUAUAUUUCACUUGUUGGUCUCCUUGCAGAUCCACGUUAUUGUGGCUUGUCAUAUGUUGAGAAGGAAGAAGUUCGUGUUCUCCUUCGACAGGACCCCAAGUAUUGGACUUACAGACCUUUAUCUAAACAAAUGAUCCGCAAUGCCGCUGAUGACGUCCGUUUCCUUCUCUACAUUUAUGACCAAAUGAUGGCAAAAUUAACUGAACGGUCUUUAUGGCAUCUUGCUGUUCGUGGUGCCUUGUACUGCCGAUGUUUCUGUGUGAACAGUAAUGAUUAUGCUGAUUGGCCAUCUCUACCUCCAAUUCCAGAUAAGCUGAAAGUUGAUGGAAAUGGUCCCGAGGAAGAAAUUCUUUCAGUUCUUGAUGUUCCACCAGGCAAGAUGGGAUGCAUUAUUGGAAAAAAAGGGGCUUCAAUUUUGUCAAUUAAGGAGUCUUGCAAUGCGGAAAUUCUCAUUGGAGGUGCCAGGGGUCCACCUGACAAGGUCUUCAUCAUAGGACCGGUGAAGCAGGUGAAGAAAGCCGAGGCUAUGUUGAGGGGUAGACUAUUGUAUCUGUAAUAGUGAAAACACUAUACUUCUCUUUCAAUCAAAAUUUCUGCAAUCAGUUUUCUGGGACUUGUCUCUGAUAGUUGGAAUGAGUAAGGGGAUAGGAGUUGUUAAUACUUGAGAGUCCUUUUCCCCACAUGCAUCUGCUGGGCACAAAAUGAAAAAUCAAAUCAAAUAAAAACUCAAAAUUUGUCUAAUCAAAACUGAAUAAACUGUUUAAAGUCUCGUUGAGGCAGCUCCAAUAUUUGAAUUGGAAGAUGUGGUGCCAGUUUUGUGUCAUAGCUAUUUUAUGCCAUUUACCGUACAUUUUAAUGGACUUUUUUGAUGCAUACAUGUUAA